AUGCCGAGCAAGAAUGGUGCAGGAUAUGCGUCAAAUGACUUCGUGUGGAAAGACUGGAACAACAUCACUGGCUAUCCAGACGGAUUCACAUUCAUCGCAGGCAUGUUGAACGGGGCAUUCGCAAUCGGUGCUAUUGACUGUGUCACCCACAUCGCAGAAGAGAUUCCUGAUGCGAGACGGAAUAUUCCAAGAGCACUUGCUUGCCAAGUGACCAUCGGCUUUGCGACUGGCUUUUGUUAUUUAGUCUCGAUGUUCUAUGCUGUCACCGACCUGCCGCUUAUUGUGAACGCCGGUUCGAUCUCUCCCCUUGGUGAUAUAUAUUUGCAAGCAACUGGCUCCCGAGCAGGUGCAGUGGGUCUUCUUACACUCACAAUCGCGCCCAUUUUCUGUGCAACAAUUGGAUGCUAUAUUACCACAGGAAGGACAUUCUAUGUCCUGGGUCGUGAUGAUGCGACACCGUUUUCCAAAUACAUCGGGGCCAUCAGUCCGACAUGGCAUAGUCCAUUGUAUGCAACCUUGGCAUGCGGUGUGUUUUUGACAUGCGUCGGAGCGAUCUAUGUGGGAUCCUAUACUGCCUUCGAGGCUUUUAUCGGCUCAUUUGUGCUACUGACGACGGCCUCUUACUUCCUCGCUAUAUUCCCACAUUUAAUCACUAGACGCAAGUACAUCCGCCCUGGUCCAUUUUGGAUGGGGAAGCUUGGUCCUGUGGUCAAUACCGUCGCAUGCAUGUAUAUUGCUGUCUCAUUCGUGAUUUACUGCUUCCCAUAUACCCUGCCGACAUCUCCGGAAGAUAUGAACUACACCAGUGUGAUCACAUGUGGAUUGGCUGUGUUAGUGGCGCUGUGGUGGGUAUUGCACGGAAGGGGUAACUUUGCGGGACCACAGGUGGACUUGCACUGA